GAAAACUGGACAGGACUGCAGACGCUGAGAGACGUCGAUAUGGAGCUCUACACCGGACUACAGAGACUAACCAUCAUGAACUGCAACCUGAGAGCCAUCCAACCUCGGGCCUUCGCUCAGAACCCACACCUGCGUUACAUAAACCUGUCGAAGAACCCUCUCACCACGCUGUCCUGGCAGCUCUUCCAGAACCUCCAGCUCUCUGACUUGCGUUUGGAUGGGGUGGUGUUUGACUGUGGCUGCAGCAUCCGCUGGAUCCAGCUGUGGCAGCAGAGAGGAGAGGCCAACCUCCACACCCAGCAGCUCUACUGCAGGAACGGAGCCUCUAAAAUCCGACUGCACAACAUGUACAUCGGCAACUGUGACUUGCCAGAGAUCAGUGUCAGCCACAGCAACCUGACAGUGAUCGAGGGAGACAACGUGACGGUGAGCUGUAACGGCUCCGGCGCCCCCCUGCCUGAGGUGGACUGGACUGUCGCUGGCCUGCACUCCAUCAACACUCACCUGUCCAAUGUUUACUGGCCCAACAUCCACUCCAUCAACAUGACCCUGUUCAACGUGAGCCGUGAUGACAACAGCUACCUGCUGACCUGCAUCGCAGAGAACGUGGUGGGGAUGACCAACUCCUCCAUGCAACUUAAUGUGCUCUUUCCACCAGUCAUUUUGAAGCUGGAGGAGCCCGAGCGUCGUCAUGAUACGUGCAUCGAGUUUACGGUGCGAGGCUUCCCCCACCCUAAGCUACGCUGGUACCACAAGCAGAGAGAGAUUCUCCAGAGCCAGUAUAUCCACACCGAGAUGGACUUCUACCAGGAUUACCUGGAGGGCUGUCUGACCUUCAAGAAUCCCACGCACCUGGACAACGGCAACUACACCCUGGAGGCCAGCAACUAUCUGGGAACCGUCACCAAGACGGUGCAUGGACACUUCCUCAUGGCCCCUGACCUCGAUGAGGGAGGUGAGUGGAUCCUUUUUGAACAUGUCUCGCCUGUGCCAAUGCUGACCGACUCCGGCAGACCGGACGAGGACACUUUCGGGGUGUCCAUCGCCGUGGGCCUGGCGGGCUUUGCUUGUGUCCUCCUCAUCGUCCUCUUCGUGCUCAUUAACAAAUACGGCCGCCGCUCCAAAUUCGGUAUGAAAGGGCCCGUAGCUGUGAUCAGUGGAGAGGAAGACUCCGCCAGCCCACUCCAUCACGUUAACCACGGGAUUAUCACUCCCUGCACCCUCGAUGCUGGUCCUGAUGCGGUUGUCAUAGGGAUGACUCGCAUACCAGUGGUGGAGAACCCGCAGUACUUCCGACAUGGACACAACUGCAACAAGCCCACCACCUACGUUCAGCACAUUAAGAGGAGGGACAUCAUCCUGAAGAGGGAGCUGGGAGAAGGAGCGUUUGGAAAGGUCUUCUUGGCGGAGUGCUACAACCUCUGCCCCACCAAAGACAAGAUGCUCGUGGCCGUCAAGACGCUGAAAGACCCCAACCUGUCUGCCAGGAAGGACUUCCAGAGGGAGGCGGAGCUGCUCACCAACCUGCAGCAUGACCACAUUGUUAAAUUCUAUGGCGUGUGUGUGGACGGAGACCCUCUGAUCAUGGUGUUUGAGUACAUGAAGCAUGGAGACCUCAACAAGUUCCUUAGAGCCCAUGGCCCUGAUGCAAUGAUCCUGGUGGACGGCCAGCCCCUGCAGUCCAACGGGGAGCUGGGCCUCUCCCAGAUGUUGCAUAUUGCUACCCAGAUCGCCUCAGGAAUGGUUUACCUGGCUUCUCAGCACUUUGUUCACCGAGACCUGGCCACACGCAACUGCCUGGUGGGGAAUGGCCUGCUGGUCAAGAUCGGAGACUUUGGCAUGUCCAGGGACAUCUACAGCACUGACUACUACAGGGUUGGAGGACACACCAUGCUACCUAUCCGCUGGAUGCCACCAGAGAGCAUCAUGUACAGGAAGUUCACCACCGAGAGCGACGUGUGGAGCUUUGGGGUCAUCAUGUGGGAGAUCUUCACCUAUGGGAAGCAGCCCUGGUUCCAGCUGGGCAACAAUGAGGUGAUCGAGUGCAUAACCCAGGGCCGGGUUCUGGAGAGGCCACGGGUUUGCCCCAAGGAGGUGUAUGACAUUAUGCUGGGCUGCUGGCAAAGAGAGCCGCAGCAACGACUAAACAUUAAGGACAUUCAGAAAAUCCUCUUCGCCAUGGGGAAAGCCACGCCCGUCUACCUGGACAUCCUCGGCUAA